CAGGUUGGACCCGUCACUGUGACCGCUGGACUGUGUCGGUGGCCUCGUCUCGGUCAUAACAACACCAGCGUCCUGGUGGGACCCACGGUUUCUGUCUGCGAUUACUUCAUCGACAGUAUACUGUAACAGUGCCGUAGACUAGGACAUGAAUUUGUUUUCUGUAUUUACAAUAUAAAGUUGGCUUCGUGAAGGUGAGCUGUUAAAACAUGGGGAACAACCAGGCCGCGAGGAUCCGACAGCGGGCCAAGAACUUGGAGUGGACGGACGAGAUUCUCUCUCCCGGGGAAGUCUUGAACAAGUACGACUUGCCAGUGUUUGUAACAGUCGCCAAAGAAGACCCUCAAGCGGACCUGGCUAAAGACGACAUCUUGUUGUUGCGGUCGUCUUAUUCCGAGCGUAACGUGUUCGCCAGAAGAGUCCACAGGUCGAACGGUCGUCUGUACGGUCCCCUCAUGACGAUUCCCCUCAGACACCCGGCAAAGUUCGUCAUUUUUAAGAAAGUAUUUUACAACAACGUGAAUGAGUUACUGCGUGCGAACCCUUUCCCGCAGAGUUUUAAAGUAGAAGAGAACGUGACGUGGGGAGAGUCGGGCAGGUCUCAGGAAGCUUUUGAGUUGUUGGGACUGCUGAGCAUGAAAAUGUCUCAGAAUAAAGAUGGCGGCCAUGGUUUCACCAAGGACACAAGUCCAAGCAAGCCGAAGGUCAUCAACAUGUCUGCUGUAGUGGGCGAUUGCCUCACCGCCAUAGACAAGACAGGACCAGUUCAAGACUUUGAGGAGGAAAACCUGGAAAUAAGCAAAGCUGGAGGUAAAGAGAAGACGUCGACGCUGAAAAAAAUAAAACGUUCAUUCAAGGGCAAAAAGAAAGCUAGCAAAACAAAACUCGAUGCUCAGCCCACAGGCUAUAUCGUUUGUACUAACCAGACUGGAGGGUUGGUAUGUCUACACACGGACUGUGCCGGCAGGUUCUCGGCCUACCUGCCAGAACAUCACACUAUGGAAGAACUACUGGAGAAAUGCAAGCUACCGGGAGAUGUGGAAGUGGUGGGAGGGCAACUUCCAAAUGAUCAUCCAAACUUCGAGGGACGUUUGAGACUAUUGAGCUUUUGUACAGAGACGUUUAUUGUUGUCAACGGUCUGCCAAGGCAGGGAGAAGUUACAGAAGCUAGGGCCGAAGCGGCGAAGUCCGUAGAAAUGUCUAUAGACAGCGAUGUCAGGUUCACUCCUGCAAACAACAGGUCGCCACAAAACGCGGAAUUGCUGAACCUGCUACAGGGGCACCUCCAGCGCGUCAGACCCUCCUCGGAAGGGUGCGUGGCCGCGGUCAGUGCCGGGGCGGCGACUGACGCGAUGAAAGCCGAGUGGGCGGAAUCCCAGGACCGUGCAAGAGCCGCUUCUCUCGUAGAAGCACGUAGGAAACCUGCCAUGGCCACAGAAGUCAGUCAGGCUCCACCCGGUAAGCAGAUCUCGUGGUGGCGCCGACUCUACAACUCCAGCCGGCGGAGAUCUUCCCAGUUGACCGAGACAUCAGCCGCGACCCCUACCGCUACCGGGACUGGCAAGAACUGGCCAGGAACAGGAGGAUACGGGUCCAGACCACUGGACAUAAUCGAAGAGGCCUCGGGUACAGAGAAUUCGGACACUGAAAACUCGGACAUAGAGAACUCGGACACGGACAAUUCCAGUAUAGGACUCGGCCCAGAAGAGCAAGAGAAGGUUGUGGACACGAAGAAAGGCGGGUGGAUUGCUAACGGCGGAUUGGUCUCAAAAGCCCUGUCCAAAAUGGGACGCCGUCACUGAGAGUGAGAAGCUUGCUUGCUAGAAUGCAGGGAAAAGGUGUCUGGCAGCAGAGAACACUACAACGACAGCAACAUGAGCAAUAUUCUGCAUAUACUUUGUCUGUAAAGCAUUUAAGUUAAGACAGUAACACAACUGCAUCCACUUGUUAUUUAUUUAUUGUUAUUAUAUCAUUGCUGUUCUGC